UUUAUUAUUGAAUAAAAAUAAAAUAUGUUGGUUAGCAAAAAUAUACAGUUGUUAUGCAGAAGAGUAUUUAAAAAUUCUAACAAAAUUAAGAUUCAAGAACAAUGUGAAAGAAGUUUGAGUAGUUUAGAGGCUAAAGAGAGAAGAAAUGAAUUAUUUAGUCUAGAGAAAAAACGUCAAAGGGAGAAUGUUGGUAGAAUAGAAAAAAUAGAAGUAAGAUAUUUAAGAACACCCGAAGAUGUGACUCAUAGAUAA